CAUAGUGAAAUAGAACUAAAGUGAAACAUAGAAGUAGAGUGAAAUAGAACAAAGUGAAUUAUAAAUAAAGGAAGAAGAAUUGCAGUUGAAAAGGAGUGAAGUAAAUCUAAGUAGAAAUAAAGUAAAAUAAAACUGAAGCUGAAAAAGUGAAGAAAAGUGAAGUAGAAACAAAGUGAAGUAAAACUAGAGUUGAAAAGAAGUGAAGUAAAUUGAAGUAGAAAUAAAGUGAAGUAAAACUGAAGCUGCAAAAGGAGUGAAGUAGAGUGAAGUAGAAACAAAGUGAAGUAGAACUGAAGUAAAUUAGAAGUUAAGUGAAAAGUGAAAAAUAACUCAGUGCAGUGAAGUAGAAAUAAAGUGUAUUGGAGCUAAAGUGAAUUGAAAUAAAGAUAAAGUGAAGUAGAACUAAUGUUACUGAAAUUGAAAUGAAAUAGAGGUGAAAUAGAAAUUCUUGUGAAACACUGCCGAAUAUAUGGUGCACAGAAAAGGCCACCAUUGAAUGUGUUGAAAAACUUAGUUUGAAGCUUGUUUGUAAUAGAGAAUGAACUCUGAAACUUUAUGAAUGAGAAAUUGAAUGUUUGAAGUGAUUAUUGAAUGUAUGGAGUACAUAUAGAGGCAUAACUGUGAAAAGACACUUGAUAACAAUAAAUUAUGAAAUAUAUGGUUGCCUGAAAUUGAAUGAAAACAGUCGAAAGUUUGAAAAGUACGGUGGAUAAUAGAGACAUCUUAUCAAUUAGAUAUAUUUCUUUGUGAAGUGACUUGACUAUUACCAUGGCUCAGUACUUAUCAGAUAGAGAAUUGAGAAGGAUAGAACGACAAAGGAGGAAAGAGGAGGAAGAAGAAAAGAGGAUGUUAGAAGAGCUAGAUAGAGAACUAAAGGAGAGACAGGAGCAAGAAUUGAGAGAAUUAAAAUUACAACAAGAUAGAAUUAGGAGUGAAAAACGUGCAAAGUUAAAUAGAAGGAGGGAAAUUAUAGAAAAACAAAAUCAGCUAGAAGAAAUGAAAGAACGUAAAAGAAUGAUGGAAGGAAGACAGAAAUUAAUGAGUGAAUAUUUGAACAUUGAUGAAAAUGCUGAAGGCACCAAAGAGCAAGGUAUGGUGUAUGAUAAUGAUCAAAGGGAUGGAGAAACAAUUGAUGAAAGGAGUGAUGAAAGUCUUGAUGGGUCUUUAUACACUACACUGGAUGAUUUAGACCAAGAAAACACAGAAACGUGUAUAAAUAUAGGAACACCAAUAUAUGAAAGUUCGAACGUAGAAGGUGAACAGGAUGAAUUAUUGAGAAUAGAAAGAGAAAUGAAGUGGUUAGAGAAUAAAGAAAAGGAGUAUAAACGAGAAAAUAUAGAACUAGAACACAAUACAAACAGAACUACACUACAGUACAAACAGACAAGUGAACAAUUAGACAGGUCACGUAGACAUUUAGAGUCGAGUAAGCAUAUGGAAGAUGAGCCUAUAUUAAAAGCCAAGCAUUCUUUACAUGAAGGAGCCUUGAAAGGAGAAGAUGUAAUAUAUGAGGAAGAAAUAAGUGUUGAUAGAGAAUUUAGUUACAAUGAAAAUGAUGAGGAACUUGAACUUAGACAGAAGAUAGAACAGCUACGUAUACAAAAGAGAAAUGUUGAAGAAAAGAUAGAACGAAACAAAUUAUUGAAAGACAUGCAAAGAAAGGAAAAAGAAAAGAAAAGACUGGAGGACUUACAGUUAAAGAAAGAAAUGCAAGGAAAGAAAGCAGAAAAGUUACGGAAGCUGAAAGAUGAAAAGGAGAGACUAGAACGUGCUCUUAACGUACAAGAGAAAACGUUAAGUAAGCUAGAGGAAGACGUCGAAAGUGAAAAAUACAGAAACACUGAAUCAGAGCACAAAGAAAAGAAAGAGGAUGAACAUGUUGCAAAAGGAAAUAACCAUUGGACAGGAAAAUUGCUUAAACCAACAGUGCCCAGUUUGACUGAAACAACAUUCGAGGAAUGGAAGAUAGAAGUGGAAGUUAUUAUGAAGUCUGGGUUGUAUGAAGAAAGUUUGCUAAGACAGGCAGUUAGAAAUUCUCUUUGUGGACAGACGAGAAAAAUUUUGCUAACAAUACCUCCGUCGACAACAACAAGAAAUAUCAUAGACAAACUGGAAAGUGUGUAUGGAAAUGUUAGAUCUGGAGAAUCUGUUUUAACAGAAUUUUACAUGGCAAGACAGAAAAGAGAUGAGGGAAUUGCAGAAUGGGGUAUUAGAUUAGAGAGUAUUAUACAAACAGCUAUAGAGAAAGGACAUAUACAAGAGAGUCAAAAGGAUGAAAUGCUUAAGACAAGGUUUUGGAGGCAACUUUAUAAUGAAGACCUAAAGAAUGCUACAAGAAUGUACUUUGAGACUGCAAGAACGUUUGAAGAAUUGAGAAGGAAAGUUAGAAUAGAAGAGAACGAAAUGAAAAGUGCCCUAGAAGAACCCAUAAGAGAGGAGAAACUACACACACUGAAGAGACAAACAGAAACACAUGAACAGAUGACAGUAUUACAAGACUUAGUAGAAAGGAUGAAGCAGCUGGAAACAGAAAUCAGUAAGACAAGAGAGACAGAAUAUGUAGAUAGAAGAAGGUACAGAAAUGACAAUAGAGCAGAUACAGAAUAUCACAGGAAAGACAAGGAAUACAGCAGUAGGGAAAAGAGAUAUUAUGGAAACGACAAACGAGUUGAUGAUAUAUAUGUUAAAGAUUAUGGAAGAGACGGAAGAGCUGAUGAUAAACAUAAUGGUGACAAUGGAAGACACAGAAGAUAUGACGACAGAUAUAAUAGAUAUGAUAGAUAUGAGAGAGCUUAUAGAAGAGACGGUAGAAGUAAUGAGAAAUAUUACAGAGAUUACGGUAAAGGGAGUAGAAACGAUGAUAGAUAUAAGGAAUAUAGAGAUAGAAGAAGAUAUAGCCCAAGAGACAGAAGAAAUGAUAGAAGAGAUUACUUAGAUAAAGAGAAAGAACAAAGAUAUUACAGGAAUUAUAGAGACAGUAGAGAUAGAAGAGAAUAUGAAGAAAGAAACUACAAAGAUAAUGAACAUGAGAGAAGAUAUACUCCAAACAAUGACGAUAAAGAUAGUGCUAGAACAGGAAAUGACAGAGAAUAUAGAGAGCCAAAUAGAGAUAACGAACAAACACGGAAGAAAAAUGAAAAUGAAGAUAAGACGAGUACUUUAAACUCAAAGGCGUCUCUGUCGGGGGGCAGAUAG